CCGGCAAAUGUGUUGAUAAACAAAAAGUUAUGUUUUUCCGUUAAUGUUUUUGACGCUUUGAUUGAAGUUAAAUCUCCUGUUUUAUGUUGCAAUUACUUCUAUUUUACCAAUAGGCAAUGGCUGACUCCCCGCGCAGUAUAUUGGCCCGACUGGAAGAGUUAAAAGUAUGGCAAGAAGAACAACAGCGAGCACUCCUACAAAAACAAAUUGCUCAACGAGAACUGCUAACGAAAGAACAACAUAAAAUGUACGCGAUUCUUGGUCUUACCGGUUGUCAAUCUCCUGAGCAAGUCUGUGAUACUACCGAAGAGCAGCAUCAAGAAUAUGAAAUUACAAACAUGCAACGACAGCUGGCUGUAGAAGAGGAAUCUUCAUCAGAGUCUGAUAAGAGCGAUGCCGAAGAGUUGAAGCAAAAGGUUCCAACUAGACCCUUUCUCAAACGAGGUGAAGGUCUGAAAGCUAGGUUUAAAGUCGAUCCUAAUGUUUUUAAACUUGAAAAUCUUCCUAAGUAUAAGUAUGCUAAUCAUGCCAAACACAGGAUGAAGAAAUGGUCAGAUGGUAUGGGAAGUGUGGAAGUAACGGAUAACAAGGUUGCUCGGAAGCAAAUCGAACAAAAUAAAGAUGAUUCUGAGCUACAAGUGGUUUUAGAUAUCAAUCGUGUUCAGAAUAAAAAGUUAGUGCUUACGGAUCCUCAGCCUUCAUUUGACCACGAGGGUUGCAUUGUGUCAAACGAGGAAAGUAUACUACCUAGUAUAGAGUCCUUAAAACUUAUGAAUGAGAUUGCCGGACAAAAGGAAUGCUCAGUACCACAACCAAUUCUUUCUAACUUACCAUGGAAGCAACAGUUGCAGGAAAAGGCUGCGAUUUUGCAUCAACUGAAAGACCUCAAAGAUUUAGAUAUGUUUGAGUUGCUAGAACAGCGAUUAAUUACCGGUAACGGAAGCAUAGCUUCAAAUGCAAGUUCACUUUUAAAACUGCUGGCAGAUAAUAGUGUUAACCUUUCUGAAAUUUAUGGACUAACGGAUUCAUCGACAUUGUUGCCGGUUGUUACGGAGGAACCUUCUGCUGAACCUAGCGUUUCAUGCCUUCAGAUUCGUCCGAUUCCUGAUCCGAAAAGACACGUUUUGAAUGAUGCCGAAUCUAACAGUGUUAGCAGUUCAGAUGAUUCCACUGCUUCCGACGAGGAAGAGAGCCGCGGGCAUGUUCGUUUUGCUGAAGGCGAAGAGCAACCAGAAAUUGAAACAGACAUUGAAUCACAUUUAGAGACGGUAAACCAAAGCAAAAUGUCUACGCCAAAAGCGAGUCGAGAUGGCAAGAAAUUGUCCGAAAGAGAAGAAUCGGAAACGUUGGAAGACGAUGUUCAGGUUCGUAUCAGAGAAGAAAUAUUAGAGAAAAGUGAACAACUAAAACAACGAUUAGCUGAGUUAGAUCGCGAAAUCGAAAGCUUUCGUAGAGAAAAUGCGGAGCUAAUACGGGCGAAGCAAGAGCUUGAGUUAGAGAAGAAUAAGCUGGAGUUGGAUCGAGAGGAGAUGAUAGAAAAGCUAAAUGACGAACGUAUCAAAAUGGAAGUAUAUUUUCACGAUGAAAGGCUUAACAUCGAAGAACAGCGGCAGAAAGCAUUGAAAGAGGCUAUAAAACCUACUAAAAAAGAGAAAGAAGAGAUUCUUAAAUUAAAAGAACAGAUAUCCGAGCAUCAAAAAGAAAUGAAAUCAAAAGAAGCGAAGCAUGCGUCAUCGCUAGCUCGAUUUCGAUCACAAUUAAAAAAUCUCGAGAAAGAGCUCAAAGAAACUCAACUGGAGCUGGAUGUAAUGAAGAAGGACAAUCGAAAACUUGAGACGGAAAAUGCUAGAUUAAAAAGACAGAACAACAACAGAAUGCUGCUAGAAAUCAACAAGAACAUAGCAAAAUUAGCUGCUCCACAAACAUCGGAAACUGUAGGAGAUUCACGCCGAACUUCUUCCCCGGAGAAACCUCGAAAGAAUGUUGUUCCUGUCCGUAUGAAACCAAUCGGAGUCAUUGAAAAAAACAUUGCGGGGAAGUCGUCCAAGGCAAAAGUUUUCUGUCAUCCUAGAGUCAGUAACGAAAGCGAAAAACAUAAUUAUUCCAAUGAAUCCAGUUUUCACAGUAAAUCAGACGUAUCUGAGCAAGACAACGCUUCUUCAUCCGAAGAUGAUUCCAUUCCAACUGCUGCCCAAAAACACCAUUCUUCGUAUUUCCGUGGACGGGCGAAAAAAACUCUUUUUCAAACUACUUCCGAUCAAGCUAAGGAUGAUUCAAAACCAGAAUCAAACCUGAGCAAGGAAACAGUCAAAAUAAUAAAUGAUCUCAAACGAGAAAUUGUUAACGAGGAUGGCAGUAGGGAUAUCUGGUAUCCAAAUGGUAAUCUAAAAAAAAUAUCUCCUGAUGGACUAGUUAUACGAAUGUUGUACUUCAACAAAGACAUCAAAGAGACGAAUGUAAGUGAAGGAACAACCAAAUAUUAUUAUUUCGAAACUAAUACUUGGCACACAACGUAUUUGGACGGUUUAGAGAUAUUGGAAUUUCCUGACGGUCAAACGGAACAUCGUUACAAAGACGGCUCAACGGAGGUACACUUUCCGAACGGCUCUAUCCGUACAACUAACCCAAACAGUGUGGAUAUUGCGGAAGAAUGGAAGUAUGCAGACGGUUCUACCGUAAUUGUAAAACGUAACGAUGACAAAGUAAUAACACUCCCAAAUGGCCAGGUGGAAAUACAUACCAAGGCACACAAACGGCGCAUAUAUCCAGAUGGGACGGUCAAAUUCCUAUACCCGGACGGUAGUCAAGAAAGUAGAUAUUCGAAUGGUCGUGUCCGGUUGAAAGAUAAAGACGGAAAUCUUAUAUCGGACACAGGUGGGGGAGCCACCUGAGAAAUGCGUUGUUCUGGUGAAUGAGUUUGUUUAAGCUGAAUAAUAAAUUGUUAUGAAUAGGA